AUGGCGUCUUUGGCAAGCAGCGGGGCUGGCACGCCUGGUCCGACGAACAAGCAGAUUCCGCUUCUCUGCAUCGUGUGUCCCGAAGCGCCACACUUCUCCGACGUAUCACACUUGCUCACACACAUUGCGUCCAAAGGACAUCUGCACCAUGAAACCCAGACCAGGCUCAAGUCGCAUCAAGACAUCGCAGCUUCGGUCACUCUUGGACAGUACGAGCAGUGGUACAAGGACAACGGCAUCGAAGCGCUUUUGGUUGAGCGAAUGAGGGCCAAACAGCUCAAGGAGGCAGUGAGAAGCAGGCGCUCGCGUGGCUCUACGCCUGCACCAGCUCUCAAGUCAAAGCGACGAUCGAAACGUCCCUCAAACUCCACACCUUCGAGGAUGGACGACGAAGAGUUUGGCUUGGAACUUCCGCUUUUUCCCCCAUUCGUUCCUUCCGACAAUGACACGGAGAUUCAAGAUGGCAUGUAUGCAAGCCAGGAUAUGCUAUCGUUGAAGGGUCAAGUCUGGCCCGGCAUGGGUAAAAUGGACCUGGCCAACGAGGACAUGAAGCGGACCCGCAAUCAGCGCAAGCCUAACUCUGUCAUUGAAAAGAUGAGGAGGACUUCAGAGGGCAUUGAGCCUACGCAGGUUGUCAUGACCUCAGAGUUCGAAGUUGAAAGAGUCAAAGGGGUGUAUGACAGCUCUUCGCCGGUACCAGGGCAGGAAGAUGAGACUCCGAAGAAACAAACAAGACCGAAACGCAGACGAACAGAAGCACUCGCAGAAGUCUCGUCCAAUGUUCCCCGCGGUGGAAAUCGCCGCUUGGGGCGAGGUGCGCUGGCAAACGGCACAAAGACGCCCAGACUAAAGUCGUCCGAUGGAGAGAACGGCAUCGACGCCUUUCCUUCAUCGCUGGGUGGCUUUCGACACGGACAUGACGUAUUCUGCGAUGUGAGCGGGACUACCGGCAUGUUGUCGGCUUUGGGGUCUCGAACCGAUAUUUUGACUGGUCCAGGGCCUUACGACGGCCGCCCAUUCACUCCGCCCGGUCAGGAUCAAAAGUACGAUGUUCGAGACCCACAGAGCUUUCAGAAUAUCGAUUCCAUCCCACAUUCAGCCCUAAUGUCGCCAACACCAACGUCUCGAAGCGUAUCCGCUCGUCUGCUGUCUACCCAGGAUCCUCAGAGGGCGGUAACACAAGGCCCUGGACAUUUUGGACACAGUACUUACAUGACUUUGAGCACGUUUGGUCACCAAGAACCUGCCUAUGGGCUUGAUGACGGAUCGAUCUACGGCAAUUCCGUAAAGCCAUUCUCCACUGCCGCUCAUUUCAACAACAUACACCAGGACAGCUUCCGUAUUGGUCCGAGUGGCACCUUGCAGCCAAAGCAUGGGGAUCUUCAGAAUUGCGCAACAAUAGACUCGCUGCCCGCUUCCGGCAACGGUCAUUUCCUCUCGGUACCAGAGUGCAACCCUCUGUUUUCUCAAGAUCGAAUGUUCCCAACGGCUUAUGGCCGCUCAACGCCCAACCCGUCAUUGUCCUCACUAGGGUUUACUCCAAUCAACUGCGACAAGGACCGGGGGCAUGGAACUCAUGAUGAUCCAAAUCCGAACCCGCCCGUCAACGGUAUCAAGUUGGAACCCCGGCCCCGUGAUAGCCUUGAUAGUACACAAUCAGGGGACACCAAGCACGCCAGUUUUGGCGAAAGCCUCUGGGAUACUCGACCACAACUCGAAGGUGGUGAAAUUCGGGAUGGACUGGGCGAAGAAGCAGACGUGUGA